CAUUGUAAUAUCAAAAACAUAUUUUCAAAAGUUGAACCGUUUUGCCGUUUGUUUUGUUCGUUGAUAGAUGAAAUAUUUUACGAAUUAAUUAAUUAAUGUGUAGUUAGUGUUUAGAUAUAAGGUUAAAAAAUGUUAGAGCAGCGAUACUCAGACAAUGAAGUGUCGAGGCGAGACAUUCCUUCGUUUAUCGAGCCUAGACCUCCGUUGAUACAGAAUCCGUUUAUGCGCCCGAGGCCUCAGAAGGGAACGAAUUUAUUGGAAUUAUUUGAGGAGGAUUCAGAGAUUGAAGAGCCAGAUUUGGUGCAGGUGUACUUAAGAUUAAAGCCGUGUAAAGUUCCAAAUACUUUGUACGAAGUCCGUUCAGACAGAUGUCUGGUUACAUCACUGGAUACUGCUACCGCAGGCCACGGGCGCCGCACCCAGCACAAUGUCUCCAAAAUGUACACAUUCUCCAAAAUCUUCGGUGCAGAAUGUAGUCAGAGGGAAAUAUUUGAAGCAGUUGUGAAAGAAAACCUUCGAAAGUUACCAGAGGGUCAGAAUUUCACUCUGCUCACUUAUGGAGCAUCAGGGUCAGGCAAGACAUACACAUUGAUGGGCACGGUGGGAGCCCCGGGCCUGGUGCCUCGCUCCCUGGAGUAUGUGUUCCGACUGGUGGACGCUGCACAGCAACCUGCCUUCAGACCUGCUGAGAGUGGAGCUGAGAAGCUAGAUCAUCAUGAACAGGAUUAUGAGUUACAGUGGGUGAAGCGACUGCGCCACGUAUCGGCGCCGCUCCGCGACAAGUACCGGCGCAUGAGUGCACAACUACACAGCGACCUCACGGCGAGCUCUAUAGACCUCUCCAACAGGAUCAGACACUAUGUUUGGGUAUCUUUUGUGGAGAUUUACAAUGAAGCUGUGUAUGACUUACUGGCACCUCCAGAGAAGAGGACUAAGUUAAGAAUAAGAGAAGACACCUCUGGAAAUGUUUAUGUUAAGGGUGCAACCCAAGCUUUCGUCCGGUCCGGUGAAGAAGCAUACGACGUGAUGGUAGCGGGGAAACACAACCUCGUCGUGGCAGCCACCGGAGUACACGCGCACUCCUCGCGCUCACACUGCAUCUUUACCAUCACUAUGCUUACUGAGACAUCGGAGGGCGUCCGUACAUCGUACGUGCGUCUGUGCGACCUGGCGGGGUGCGAGCGCGCGCGUGCGACGCGCAACACGGGCGCGCGCAUGCUGGAGUCGCGCGCCAUCAACUCCUCGCUGCAUGUACUCGAGCGCUGUCUGCACAUGCUGCGCCGCAAGCAGAGGACGGGACACGAAGCCAUGGUGCCCUACAGAGAAUCGAAGCUGACCCGUCUACUCGGCACGGGUCUAUCAGGAGUACGAGGCGAGGCAGUCAGUAUGGUGGUCACGCUCAAUCCCUCGCCGGAGUAUGCUCACGAAACUAAACAUGUCCUCAGUUUGGCAGCUGUCGCUCAAGAUAUACAGAUAAACAACACAAUGUUAACAACUACCCUUGAGAGCAGUACCGCACAGGACACUACCAUCGGAUCCAGCGCUGAGGUCAUGAAACUACGCGCCGACAACGAGAGACUACACUUCGAACUUGUGCAAGCACAAGCCCGCAACAAAGAGUUGUUGGCAGCCAUGGAGGAGAAACAGCAGGAGUCUGCCAACACCAUGCGCGAGCUGGUGGAGGAAGCCAAGGACAUGACCAAGCAGUAUUAUGAGGCGCAGCUUGAAGCUUUACGCUGUGAGAUGGAAGACAUGAUCGAAGAAUAUGAAAGCAGACUAGCUAAGGUGCCGGCGCCGCCCAAAAAUGACGCUGGAACUCCGUCACGUUUCCUGCAAAACAAGGUCUCACAACUGAUGACAGAAAUAGCUGUGCUAGAGGAGAAAUUAACAGCUGAACGACUCGCGAGGGCAAGAGCCGAGAAAGAAGUAGAACAUCUUCGUACUUGUAUAGAAGAGAGAGAUGAAAAAGCAUUCAAAGAUACAACUCCUCCACAAGAAGACGUGAUGUCGCUCUCAGAGAGUGAACAGGACGAAUCAGACGAAGAAACAAAUGAUCCAUUUAACGAAAGUCUCGAACCUAUCUUCAAGAAAGAAAUAAACCGAUCCAUAUCUAUUGUGUUACAAAAUGAGAAACGAGACAAUGGCAGCAUUCACACUAUAGACAACAUUGAUGAGGAAUGCGACAGUGACCUUGAAGAAUCGCAUGAAACACUACAAAAUGAUGAUGAUUCGAAAAACUCUACCUAUCCUGCAGGCGAGGAUGAAGAAAUUAGUAAAAGAGAAAUAACUACUGACAAUCUAGAGGAAAGCAAAGCUACAGAAUCGAAUGUAACAUACCAUGAUGACAAAAGUGAUGUAAAAGUUAAUGAAGAACUUAUAACAAGCAAUAAGUGUCAGGAUGUUGAUGAUAGUCUGAAAAAUGAUGUAAAUAUGACAUAUGGUAGUGAAACUACUUUUGACAAGGAGAACGAAAGUCUAACUGAUCAGAGAAUGGACGAUGAUGAAAUACAGUUUAAGAAUGAGAGCAUUAGAAGUAUUAAAGCAGAUUUGAGAGGGACUUACUUUGUUAAUGAUAGUAAAGUUAUUGAGAAAUCAGAGGAAAAUAAGCUCAAUUCCUUCAGAGGUACUUAUUUCGUGGAAGAUCCCGUCACAAAUGUAUCUAAGAUUAGUGAAAGUAAUGAUGGGAGGGAUGGAAAGGAUGAUGUAACUGAGAGUAAUAAAAAUAUCCCUAAUGAAGUUACCACUGAAGUGUUCAAAAUCCCUAUUGUUAGAGAAAAAUCUAAUGUUGACAUCAAAUCUUCAGAAAAUGUAAUCAAAAGUACCUCUCCUGAAACAAAUACUGAUAAAAUUGGUGAUGUACAAACUAAAGAAGUAGUAUCAGAAUUGCCAAUCAGUAAAAUGCUGAGAGGAAAGUCUCAUAUCGAUAUGAAAGCUCCUGAAAAAACAGAACCAGUUAGUAGUCUUAUAAGAGCAAAAACUAAUAUUAAUAUGAAGGCUGCAGAAAAAGUCUCAGACACAUUAGUUGGGAAAAUCAUCAGAUCUUUCAAAACUCAUCAGGGAAGUGAUGCAUCGCUAAGGCAAUUUGAACAGCUGGAACAAGCUUCAAAGGAAUGCGAAGAUAAAGAUGAUGAGUCCAGUAAAAACUAUUACAUAUUUGGAGAUAUCAAAAUCCUAAAAGAAAAACGAACAUAUUUCGACAAUGUAUCAGACAAAAGUAAUGAUACUUCUAAUAAAGAUAAAAAGGCAGAAGAACCCACUGUAGUUAAAGAAAAACGCACUUAUUUUGAUAAUAUUAGUGCUAACGUCGAAGUCUCUAAUAAGAAAAUAAAUAAUUUGAUGAAAUAUGAUGAGGACAGGUCGCCAUCUAUUGUCAAAGACGCUGCUGCGGCUGACUUUGAACCUAGCACUAUCAAAAAACUUCUAGGCGAGAGCUUCACGAAAUCAGAUGUUAUUUCGUCCGUACAUAAAACUAGGUUGACGAAGAAACACAACUCUGUUGACAUAUUCGAUGGAUUCGAUUCACCAGUUACACAAAAGCCUAAAGAAUGCCAGCCAGAUGAUAAUGUUGAAAUUGCAAGGAAAUCUAUCGAGAAACUCGUUCUAAACCAGUUAUCUGCUAAGAAAGGAGCAAAAACUGAUUUGGAGCCUAGAUUAUCUAUCAGAGAAGUAAUUGAACCUGAGGACAAAGAAGUACAAAUUAAUAUAAAGAAAGAAAUUAAGUUAGAACCAAUGUCAUCAGUUGAAGAUGCGAAUGAAAUCAGCAAAUGCAAAAUAGAUAUUACAAAGGAGGCCAAGUUAGAGCCAGCAAUAUCUACAGAUGAACCCAAUCAGACCUUUAACGAUAUACUAGCUAAAGGAGAUUAUACAAUCGAUGGAGCUAAACCAGAUAAUACAAUUGAAGAAUUUGAAAACAUCUACAAAGACAUCACAGCACCCAGAGCCACAGAAUUCGAACUAUUAGUGUCAGAAGUAAACGAAAACAAUGAAAAGCAUGACAAAGACGAAACUAAAUACAAUUUACGAAAGAAACAAUCCAAGGCUGAGGACUCUAAAGUUAAUAAAGGAAAAGAAGAAGAAAUAAUAUUGGCAGAGAGUCAAGCUAAAUGUGAAAGUAAAGCUCGUAAAAGGAACCUUAGAUUACGGAGGCGGAAGAAUCAGGACGAUGAAUCUGAUGAUAAGCUAAAAGAUAUCGUGAACUUGCAGAGCGAAUUCUCUGACGUCACUCUGGACGUGCCUGCUCCUAAAAAAGACCUUAAAGAUAUACCUUCACCAGAAAAAGGCGCAGAGGAGAAUCUACCGCCAUUAUUAGGGAUACAGAGUUGUCCAUCUAAAAGCGUCACUCGGAGUCGUCGCAAACUGUUCACUCCUCGCGCGGAACCUCUGGAAGAGUCCCUCAGCCAGACGGGAGACAGUAACGAACGUAUUUAUGUACCACGACCCUCCUACCACCGUCCGCGAGCCCGCCGCAAACUGUGAAUUGACGAAUUUGUUUUUUUCUUUAUCUAAAUUAAUGAAAAUUUUAUUAUUGUAUCAAAUGACUUUAUGAUGUAUCAAUAAAUAAUUAUAAUUAUGGUUAUUUUAAAUGGUUUAUGGUUUA